AAAAAAAAAAACUUAACAACAGAGUCUGGAAGAAAGAAAGAAAAAAAGAAGUCUUCUUAUUCUUAUUAUUAAUUACUGCUUAUUCAUAAAAAAUAUAUAUAUUCAUAUAUAAACAAGACAUUUUCUAAUAUACAAAUUUAUUCUUCUUUUAUUUCAUUUUAUUUUUCAUUUUAUUUUUUAAUAAUGAAUACCUCAAAAGAAAAUAAUACUGAAUAUUACGUUACUACGAUGGGUGAUCCUAUUACUGCUUUCACACAUAAUAAUAAUAAUAGUAAUAUAAGUCUUUCAUCCUCUUUAACGGAGAAAGAGGCUCAUCAUCCUUCUUCAGCUGAAGUAACAACAAAACCUGUGACUGACCAUGAAUACCAUUUAAAAUAUAAUGAUCCCGAAAAUGGAGUCAACGACAAUAAUCAUACCGUCAUCGAAGAUAAUGAAAAUGACAUAUCAGAUGGCGGUUAUGGUUGGCUCGUGAUUCUCGGGUCAUUCAUGGUCCAAGUCACUAGUUUUGGUGUUGCUUCAUGCUGGGGCAUCUUGCAAGACUAUUUGGACCUCAAUGUGUAUCGAGGUACAGUGCCUGAUUCACAAUUUCAGUUAAGUUUCGUAGGCACCUUAUUAGAAAUUUUUGUGAAUUUAAUGGGCCCUGUAGCUCAGCUUAUUGCUUCUCAAUUUGGUUCCAAGAGUGUCUUGAUCAUCGGUACCAUUUUGGCUACUUUGGGCCUAGAAUUGGCUAGUUUAAGUUCAAAGAUUUGGCAUCUUUAUUUAACUCAAGGCAUUAUGUUUGGAGCUGGUGCUUCUCUUCUUUAUGUUACCGCAAUGGGAACUGCUCCGUUAUGGUUUAAUAAAAAAAGAGGGCUUGCAUUAGGUAUGGCUUCAAGCGGUUCUGGUAUCGGCGGUCUCGUAUUACCAUUCAUCAUCAAUGUUUUGAACGAUAAAUUAGGGAUCGCCUGGACUUUCCGUAUCCUUGGCUUUAUUUGUCUUGUUUGUGAUCUAAUCGCGUGUAUUUUUGUAAAGGACAGGUAUCCUGCUAAAUUAAAAAAGGGAGAACGAUCCUUAAAGCAUGUAUAUGAUAUUAGUGUUUUAAAGAACCCCAACUUUUUUAUUUGGGCAUGUGGAUCUGUCAUUUCCUUAAUGGGAUACUUUAUUCCUUAUUUCUUUGUACCCGCUUAUGCUACCUAUUUAGAACUUCCAGCUUCUAGCGGUUCUAUUUUAAUUGCUAUCAUGUCGGCAGCCAACUUUAUCGGUCGUAUCUUAGUUGGAUAUAUUGGUGAUCGUAUUGGUCGACUAAAUGCAGAUAUCAUUUUCACUAUCUGCGCAGGUUUAAGUAGUUUAUUAGUUUGGAAUUUUGCAAACGAUUUGGGUGUCCUUAUUGCCUUUUCUGUUCUUUUUGGUUUGUUCUGUGGUUCUUAUUUUGCCAUGAUGACACCCAUCACAGCAGCCAUUUUAACUCCUGAACAAUAUCGUACUGGCGUCUCUAUCUUACUUUUAUUUAAUAUCAUAGCCAUUUUUGGUAUUACAAUUGCUGGUGCUAUUGAGGCUAAUGCGCAUGCUCAACCUUAUUUGGCUUACAAACUAUUUACAGGCGUUGUUUACAUUGUUGGUGGUAUCAUUUUGAUAGUUCUCAAAUUGAAAAUUACAAAAGGCAUCUUUGCUAAAUUUUAAUAUAUACACAUAUAUAUGUGUAUUGUAUACUACAUUAUAGAGUUUAAUAAUAAAUAAUUUAUAAAAAAAAAACGAAACACU